AUGAUCGAGCUGACCAGCUUUAGUAGUUCAUCCAACGACGACAAGACCAAAAUGUUCGAAUCUUCCUUGUACGUUCGUCCAAGCCCUGGGCCGCCGACCCGAAGGACCCCGCGUUCCAUACUGAAGCCGCCCAGUUGCUUCAAGAGGAAGCCAAAGAAAACAGUCUCGUUUAUUAAUGACAGGGAAGCCUUAUGGCGAAGGCUGCUCCGCGUCAUUUCUUGGCUCGUCGUGGUCAAUGUCUUGACGGUGAUCUUGUUUACCAAGCGCCAUUUUAUCGCCAUGGCUGGGCUGGUUUCCAGCAAACUCGACAAUCAAAUGCCGUCGGAAUUGGCUCUGGAAUCGUUGACAGAUAUGCCUCCUGCCGAAGUGACCCGAGAAAUGCGGCAACACAUGGCUCAGUUGGCUUUGGCAGAGGCGCAAUACAAACAGAUCUUUCACACACCUGCCACCAGUCAGGCCAGUGUCUUGGAACGAGGCUUUGUUCGUCAGUGGGAUUCCUGUACUAUUCAAAAGGCGCAGGAACGAAUUGGAAACGAGAAAACACUGCAAGUAUUGGUUCUCGGAGGACCAGGAUCAGCUCGACCCUCGAUCGAUUGCGAUCAAGAACGGUUUCAAGGCCAUGAAGACGAUGGCUAUGCGGGACGAUACAGCAACAUUUUGGAACGGGAACUGAACCGAGUCUUGGCCCCUGGAUUUCAUCUGAAUAGCACCGCCAAGACUGGACCUGAAGCCCCACCCUUUCAAGUCAUCAACAUGGCCCACGCUUCGUUGGUUCCUUCGGUUCAGGGUCUCGUUCUCGAUCGCCUGGUUGACCCAGAGACUACCGAUGUGAUCAUCUGGGAACACUCGCUGUAUGAUUUCAAAGGAUCUGAUCAGCAUGAUAGGGAGAUGGACUUUUGGUUGAGUCGUCUAGAGGCACUCUUUCGAACAGCGAACCGACCCCCGCCGCCGAUUCUGUUGUUACAUCUCUGGGAUGAACUCGUGGCUCUCGACAACCCAAGCAACACCCACAUAAUCGGAGACCGAAACGUAGAACCAGUCAUUGACAAUUAUCGCGAACAAAAGGGGUGGAAUAUCCAGGUUACUAAUGUGGGAGCUACGGUGGUGCAAGCAGCUCACAAACAAGCCUUUGGUCAACUGGUGGAUCGCAAUUACCAUUCCACAUGCCGCGGUUCCGAACUCAUUGCCGACAUGUUGGCUCAUACAUUCUACCAGGACAUGGCCAGCUGUAAUCAAACAGUUCUGGCCUCGAAUCUCAUGUCAUUGCGCACGGAUGAGGAGAGCGCCGCAAAACAUGGUCAAACUUACACUCUGACGUCAAACACGUUCAACUACACCAGAAACACCACACUACCACUAACCGAGCUGCUUCUGCGCAAAGACAUUCGGACAGUUUCGCUGAACCAUUGGAAACCAAACUUGGGAGUGUCAAGCACGCAUCUGAACAUUCCCAAUAUGGCGGAAUCAACUCAUUUGUUGGAAUUCGUUCCCGUGAUGAACACACCAACCUCCAAAGAACUCCAAACGGCCAAGGUUCAAUGGGCCAUUCAAAAAGUCUACGAACGUCUGAGCUACCGAUUGCCUCUCUGCGCAAACUUUGACUUUGUCAACUUGACCAUUGCCGAGCCCACAUUGGAAUGGUUGGGCCUUGCCUACAAGGGAGGGAGAAUAGAUGCCUUUAUGAAUGGAGAGCCUCUCUCGUUGGUUCAUGAUGGCAGAGCCUUGUCGGGAGGAUUGGAAGGCAUUCGAGAUUGGAUUCAUGUAGGACAUUUGCUGUCGCCAGCUCCAUCCUACAAUGUCUCCUUUUGCAGUCGCAAGGUUGAUAAACGAGGCCAGUCUUCAGUUUGGCUUCAUCAGCUUGUCGGACUGUUGCUACCAUCGUCGUCCGGCGAAUCAAGAAGUGAACCUCAGUUGCCUAACGGCUUCUAG